UCAGGCGUUACGCACGCGUUUCGUAUCCGGAUCCGUGUGCGUGGUGUGCGUUCUCAGUAGAGGCGGAUAUAUCGCAAAUUCUCUCGCGCGCGCGGCAAAAGGGGGACCCGAUCGAGUGUAUAUCGCGAUCUAUCGUGCAGCACGAGCGUUUCCCGCCCGGUCGCGCGCGCAAUGUACUCACGAUCUUCCUGAACUUCGAUUAUUUCUUAACAUUGUCGUCAUCUUCAUCGCUUAACGCUGACGAACGAGAGUGCGUACGAUUUUCGGUUAUCACGUAUUCGCGCGGGACACCUUCGCCGUUUGCAAAAAUGGUUGCUGGAAAAGAUAUACGAGAAGAAGCAUGAUGGAAUAACACGGUGCAAAAUCUUCGAUAACCGGACGAAUCAUUGACCUUUAUUCGCAGGUGGAAGGAUAUCUAGUGAUUGAGUGCGCGAUCGAGAAGAACUACCGUUCAUCGUCGGGUCGUCGGGUCGUCGGAUCGAUCUCGAAACGCUUUUUAUUCUCCUUCGUUCACAUAUUUCUUGCUGCAUCUCGCGGGAUUUUUUCCGACAUCACAUCAAAGGGACCGUCCUUCGUCGGAAUUCCGUUACGUUGAGGCUGUAAUCUAGGAUGAGCUCGCAAACGGAUCAUCGGAGAUACCAUUGGCAAAUGAAACGCACGGCUGAAUAAUGUACUGUGAAGCAGUAAUCUCGCGCUAUCAUUAUUAUGACGUAGCCCGAGAAGAAGGAUGCAGCACGACAAAGGAGGAUAGAAGACACGGAACGCUCGAAAAGAUGCAUGUACAGACUGACGUCUUGCUUCUGCACCGUAAAGACGCACGGCUACAAUAAGAAGCAGAAGUGGAGACGGACACGUGUGCGGAAGGAUACGCGGUCCAUAUCCGGCCCGCCAUCCUGGCGGCAUGGUCUUUUGGGCCACAAUACUAAUCCUCCAAGGAGCUGGAUUCGUAGGCUCGGUGACAGGCAUUCCCGGCGUCCCGGAAAACAUAACGGUGAUGUUCCUGAAUCCGACGUCUGUGCGCGUGUCUUGGAGUACCAGCCAGGUCGACCAGGUCGAGAAAUACGACGUCACGUACAAACCAACCGACGCCAGUUACAGGGUCGUGGCGGUGGUCGCAGGAAAUAGCGAAGCGGUCACCUUGAGCGGCCUUCGAGCUGACACGCAAUAUCAGCUGGUCGUAACCGCCGUGAGGGCCGGAAAGAAGUUUCGAAGCAGACCGAUCGUCUUCCGUACACUCGGUAAGCUUUGCCUUCCUAAGCUUUACCUGUCUUCGGCAUCACGGUCACAUGUGACAGAGCCACCACGCACGUCCCCGCAGCAAGAUGCAGCGGUAACUGGUGGUCCUCUUCCUCCACCUCCACCGUCCUCGCAGCAGCCUCAACCGUAUAUACAAAUCCGCGGCGUCGAAGUGGGCAUAGUAGUGUUAGUGCUGAUAGUCUGGGCGGGCGCGAUAGCCCUGUUCUUCAAUCGCUGGGGCAAGAUACGCAUGCUGCUGCCGUACCAGCCCGACUACAAGGAGCAGCUCAAGGUUCCCGGCACCGGCGUGUGCGCGUCCGCAAACUCCGCGUACACGCAGCAUCCGACACAGCACGCGUGCUCUCAGCAUCUGCACUGGUCGAGCCAUCACGUGGACUCCUUAGACAGCGGGGGAGCUUUAGGCUGGCCGAGAACCUCGAGGCCGCGCGUCAACAGUGCCAUCGACGUGGCCGGCUUCCUAUCGCAGGAAUUUCUGCGACGCCACGGGUCUACGUCCAAAUUGUGUCGUAAGGUUCGCAGUGCAGAUAACUUACCUCUCGCGUCAACGAAUCGCCAACAGGACCCGCGAAGAGACUUCAAGGACGAGAGCACCGAGGGUGACCGAGAAUCCUUCCUGAAACCAAAUCAGGAUGACAAGUCCGAGGAUCAGGACUCGAGGAGGCAGAGCAGUCUCGAGAGCACAACGAAGGACAAUAUAGAAACGUCGCUAUUAGAUCCCAGUCAUCAGCAGCCUUCCUCAAGGGACUCCCCGGUGGCAGCUUCAUCAUUGGUCACCAGACGUUUCGGGGGAUGGCGCACUGGCGGAAGCCACGAGUAUGUCAGAUGCCCCGUGCGACAGCCUGCUUCCAUGGACGAGCGGUGUUAUCGGCGAUCGUACGAGUCCGAGGCCACUCGUCCGCCACGGUACCACUAUCACCGACGCACGGACGCCGAGCGGCACACGAAGAGCUGCGAAUACGCGAGGCGAGCGGCCACGGAGUCGAGCAUCGAGGUCCAGCACUUCGGCCUGCCGAUCCUCAGCGUGAGCGAGCCGAGCCCUCCGGACGAGAGCGAGCGCGUCGACGACUACUUGUAGGACUUGCUUGCCGAGGACUUCCUCAAGGAGCUCCUCGUGUGAUCCGACCGAUCCUCCGAUCCCGCGCGGCACGGUCUCGUCCUUAGUCUUAUUGUUAGAAUUGGGACCCGGACAUUUUGCCCUUCUGUUGUCGAAUGUGCCCGCCGUGUCGACCCGGGACCAACGGCGCCGUUCUGCCGCACGCUAGCGACUUCCCAGAAGUAUUUGCGAUCGGUCCAAAUAAGUCGGAGUGAGGCGGGAGAGCGCGGAUUUCUCGAUCGCGCGCGCUCUAUCCCUGUUCGUAAGUGACACUCUCACUUAUCUUGGAAGAGUCUCCAAAGGUCAUGAAUAUAUUUGCUAUUUGUAUUAUAAGAACCGCGCAGCUACGAGGAGUAACCGACCUCGCGUUUGAUCUGGACUUUGCCUUUUGUCAGCACGUUGGAAAACGACACAAGCGCGAAAUGUUGCCCAUAUAUAUUUUUUUUUUCCCAGUACGUUAGAAGUUCUCUCUAAAAAGAUCAAUCAAAUGUUACAUACGUAGAAACCAGUCAAUGUGUGUGUAUGUGCGUGCAUUAAAUCUGUGUCUUUUUGUAACGUCCCGAGAAAGAAGUGGAGCUGGAUCAAACUUGACCAUCCUUUGUAUCGUAUUACUUCUAAAACGUACGUGGCCUGGUGGAUAAUUUUGUUACCUCUCGAUAUCAUGGAUUGAUUCUAAUUCGCGACAGGAAGAAUUCAACUGGAGUUGUCACAUUUGAAUUCUCGAGAACUAAAAUCAAAUUCACUGCACAUCUUUACUUACGAAGGAAAAUAUCUUAUAGUUGACGAUUUAAGGAUAAUGAAUGAUAUUUUGAGCUUGCAGGCGUGUAGAUCCGAUCAAUUACAUUCUGGCAACGCACGAAUAAAUACGUAAUAAUAACA